GUCCGUUCACCCCAGUUUGUGCCUCUUGUCAGCGCAGUUAAGUGCUGUUCUUCAAAUGGACGUGUUUGCAGCUCCAGCUGACAGGGAUAAAGGAUGGUACCUUUCUCUGAUGGCUCCCAACACAAAAGGACCAGAGUUCGCCUGGCUGGACCCGUCCAGACUUUACUGCAACUCCCAGGCCCUUGCAGACUGCAUCAAAGACCUUCUCAGUCCGUUCCAAAGUGACAGCAUUGACUUGGUUGCUGGCAUUGAUGCAAUGGGAUUCAUUCUUGGGGCUUCUGCUGCCACCACUCUUGGAAAAGGUUUCCUGGCUAUUCGCAAAGCAGGUCACCUAUGUGUCACCACUGAAAACCAAGGCUACACCGACUACACUGGCAGAGAAAAGACUAUGGAAGUAAGACUGGAUGUGCUAAGACCAGGUUUGAGGGUGUUGCUCGUGGACCAGUGGAUAGAGACAGGUGGCACAAUGAAGGCUGCCAUUCAGCUGGUGGAGAAGCUGGGAGCCACAGUUGUAGGGGUCGCAGCUGUGGCCAUUGAGGACACUGAAGGAGGGAAGUGGAUUAAGGAAAACUACAAAUUCUCCGACUGCAUCCCCGAAGAGCUGCAGAGCCAAAUCGAUGGAAAAUACCUCGACUCCUUCAAAAGCUUCAACAAUUGA